AUGUUCUCUUCGAUUACCAGCAAGGCAUUGCGGUUCUCUGCAACCGCUGUUGCUGGAGGCAUUAGCAAGAAUUCAGUGUUUUGCUUUUCCACCCUCACCGGAACCGUCAAGUGGUUUGAUACCCGAAAAGGGUUCGGUUUCAUUGUCCCAGAUAACGGCGAGGAUGAUGUCUUUGUUCAUCAAACUUCCAUUCAUUCCGAGGGAUUCCGAUCACUAGGGGAAGGGGAAGCUGUGGAGUACACUAUUCAAGAAGACCCCAGUGGACGCAUCAAGGCAGAACGAGUGACUGGACCCAAUGGUGGAUUUGUACAAGGAGCACCCAGAAGAACGUUUGAUUCAGGAUUUGGAGGAGGCGGUUUCGGUGGUGGCGGCGGCGGCGGCGGAUUUGGCGGCGGUGGUGGCGGCGGCGGUUUUGGCAGCUACGGUGGCGGCGGUUCUGGAUUUGGCGGAGGCGGCGGUGGAUUUGGACAAGGAGGAGGAGGCUUUGGAAGCGGCGGCGAUGGUGGUGGAUUUGGCAGCAGUGGAGAAGACAACUCACAGUUUGGCGCUGGCGAAGUGGCUCAUGAUGAUUUGGAUACACCAGCAGGCGCGGCUGCUACAGCGGCAACACCCGAAGAGAAAAAGUAGACUCUAGAUGGAUUGGAUGGAUGGUGGCCCUGAUCUUCUUAAGACUUGACAAUGACACACUGCACACAUGCUUCAAGGAAGCUACUGGCUUUUUCAUGCGUACCAUAAAAAAUCAAUCAGCAACACACCAAUGGCUAGGAACCAUCUCAACACAUUCUGUCUGGUGACAUAAGUUACUAGCGAUUCGCCAAAUAAUUUCUAGAGCGAUUUGUACAGUCGUUAUCUAGCUUAGCUCGUAGGCGUGCUAACCCUUGUGCUCGAUGUCGGCGGUUGGAGUGGAGAAAGUCCCGGCCCAGGCCAUAGAAGUGUUGAGUACGAAAUGAACUGACGACAGUCGGAUUGGCAGAGUCGUUGACACCCUCCCUGUUGUCGGCCCCUUUUCGUUAGGGUCACGCCUUACAUUUUUCAAUUCGAAUCUUCUGUUGUCACACGUUAUUCCGCUUUCAAUCGCAUUCGAAGGGCGUUGCGGCGUGUUCGGCAUCUCUCACAAUGGAGGCAAUGGCACCCGAGGUUCCCAAAAUGCAGAACAGGGGCGUAAAGACCAGCAAGAAGAGGCCACCAAUGACGGUCGAGUGAUUCAAGCCUAUGCUAGCGCCCUCCCGUCUAUGCACCGCCCAAUAAAAGGCGACGGGCCAACCAAAUACGGUGGGAGCCCCAAAGAGCGAUCCGAUCAGUGCUUGCACGUCGGCAAAGAAGGGUAUCAGAUUCCCCACUACGAAACCAAACACCAAGAAUCCACAGGUUACUAUCAACCAGUGGAGUGUGCCUUGUCUCCCCGACGUUUGAUACGUUUUGGGGAACACAGUGGCAUGCAACCACAUGUGGAGGGGUUGACCAGCAAUCACAUAGGACACGCAAAUGUGGAGGCAAACCAGCGACCCUACCACUUUGCGAGCUGUUCCCGCUGGUAAUAUGUCGGGUAGGAACUCUUCUGUGGAAGCUCCUCUCAAUCCAUAGGCUGCUAUAACGG